AUGGCAACAAAAAAGAAGACAGAACCCAAAAUCCAGCCCCAGCCAACACAGAUCAAAAUCAAAACGGUCUGUGUCUCUAUCGAGCAGGUAUUCCAUGGCCUUCAUCGACCCACCAGCUCCUUGAAUCGCAUCGACCCUGACUCCUCAGCGCCCGUUCUCGGCCAUCAAUUACAGUCGCGAUUCGGGAGCCCGCGAUCUCUAGCCUGGCCAGCACCCCCUCAAGCAGUGGUGGCGUGGUGGGUUGCGGAGGUUUGGGUUGACACCCGUGGUGGCCACGGUGGUUUCGGCUCGCGGCGAAGGGAAAUGAGAGUGGUGGUUGGGUGA